AUGCGCCCCGCGCCCGGCGCCCCCCGCGCGGCCCCGCCCCCCGCCCGGCUGCAGCCCCGGUUCCCGCGCGGCCGGAGCAGCUCGGGCAGCAGCGGCGGCGGCAGCGGCGGCGACACCGGCAGCGGCAGCAGCGCGGGCGCCGAGCGGGAGGACGACGACGAGAGCGCCAGCAUCAGCAGGCCGCUGGUGCCCGCCGGGCCCCCGGGGAGCGCCGCCGCCUCCCGCGCCCCCACGCCCGCCUCCCCGCGUAGCAUGACCGCCGCCGACCUGGGCGCGGGCGCCGUGGCCGGGGCCGUCGGGGGCGCGGGCGGCGCCAGCCCCGGCCCCUCCUGCCGGUCGUGUUGCUGCUGCUGCUGCGGUCGCCGGGCCCGGCCGGGCCGCGGGGGUGGGCGCCGCGGCUGCGCCCCCGGCACGGGCUGCCGCUGGGGCUACCAGGCGCUGUCCGUGGCGCUGCUGCUGGCGCAGGGCGGCCUGCUGGACGUGUACCUCAUCGCUGUCACCGACCUGUACUGGUGCUCCUGGGUCGCCACCGACCUGGUGGUCGCGGCGGGCUGGGCCAUCUUCUUCGCCAAGAACAGCCGGGGCCGUCGGGGCGCCGCGCACACCCACCACCCGCACCACCCGCACGCCGCGCCCCUGCACCUGCCCGCCGCCCCCGCCGCCGCGGCUGCGGGAGCCAAGGCGCGCGGCGGCCGCGGGGGCGCGGGCGGCCCGGGGCCGGCGGGGGUCGCCGGCCCGGCCGGCGAGUUCGCCUUCGCCUACCUGGCCUGGCUCAUCUACUCCAUCGCCUUCACGCCCAAGGUGGUGCUCAUCCUGGGCACGUCCAUCCUGGACCUCAUCGAGCUGCGCGCGCCCUUCGGCACCACGGGCUUCCGCCUCACCCUGGCGCUGUCGGCGCCGCUGCUCUACUGCCUGGUGCGGGCCAUCGGCGAGGCGGGCGCCACCCCCGGCUCCGCGGGCCCCCUGCUCCUGCAGCCCCAGCGGCACCGCGCCGCCGGCUGCUUCCUGGGCACGUGCCUGGACCUGCUGGACAGCUCCGCCCUGGUGGAGCUGAUGCUGGACGGCCGCGCGCCGCUGCCAGCGCACCUGCGCUACCUGCUCCUCGCCGCCUACUUCCUCGCGCUCGCCUCGCCGGUGCUCUGGCUCCACGAGCUCCACGCCGCUGCCGCCUCGCCCCGGGGCCGGGCCUCGCGGCCGGGAGGCUGCAGCCGCCUGCUGCGCCUGCUGGGCGGCUGCCUCGUGGACGUACCCUUGCUGGCGCUGCGCUGCCUGCUGGCCGUGAGCUACCAGCAGCCGCUCUCCGUCUUCAUGCUCAAGAACCUCUUCUUCCUCGGCUGCCGCGGCCUGGAGGCCCUGGAGGGCUGCUGGGACAGGGAGCCUACGGCGUCCCCGAGUCGGGCCCGGGCGGGCUACGGCGCUCCGCCCUCCGCCCCGUCGGCGCCGGGAGCCCCCCAGCUGGGCCUCUGCGUCUCCGAGGACGAGGGGGGCGCCCACGGCUACGUCAACACCCUGGCUGUGGCUUCCCAAAACUGAGGGGUCUGGGGGCUUGCUGUGGAGUUGGGAGACCCCGCUCCCUGUCCUGCGACCUUCCCUCACCCAGACUGGAUCAGCCUGUUUGGGGGAGGUGACUGUAAACAGGGCUGAGAGCCGGCGUGCCCCAUCUGAACCCCUUGGGUCAAGACUGCUUGGAAGGAGCCAGCCGCUAAAGAGAGGGAGGAGGGUCGCCGGCUCUCUUCUCCUCUCUGCGCCCUUCCCCACUCCUUCCCUCCAGGGGCGGGGCACCUCUGCUUCUUGCUUCUCCCACCUCACCCUAAUCCCUCUCCCUUGCGGGGGAGAAUGGAGGAAAGCGGGGCCCAGGGCCUUCGGCCACCCCCCUUGCUUGGACGUGCCAGCUUCUUUUAGGCUGUGGUUAGUGGUCCUUGACCCACACCUUGAAGUGACCCAGAAUCCCGUGCUCCCCCUGAUGUGUCCAUUGCAUUUCUUCCAGAUGGUAGAUGCAAAGUCUCUGCGUGUGUGUG